AUGGUAUUUCUUUCCAUUGCACUUUUUACAUAUCUAACAACAACAGGAAAAUCCAAAGCUAAAGGGAAAAUGACAUCAUCUGAACCAUCCGAAACUGUUAUAAUCACUGGUGGUACUGGUUACGUUGGACAACAUAUAAUUGCCCAAUUAUUGCAUCUGGGAUAUAAAGUUAUUGCAAUUGUUCGUUCACAACCACGAGGUUUAGAAUUGAUCAAGCAAUUUAAUCAUCCCAAUUUACAAGUUCAAGCAGUUGAUCAAUUGGAUAAGCCAAAUUCAAUAGAUUUCGUAUUGAAGGCUCAUCAAGAGGCUACUGUUUUCAUUGCUGGUGCUGCUGUGACUGAUUUUACCGCAAAGGAUGUCGAAAAGGAAAUUUUACAAAAGAGUAAUGCCAUUGUGAAGAAUACUUUGGAGUCAAUUGCUCAUCAUGGUAAACAGAUUAAACGUGUUAUUUUAACUUCUACUUCAGGUACACAUAUUGGACCAGAAAAAAUGUUUAGUUAUGAUGCUGAAUAUACUGAUGAUGAUUGGAGUCCAUUACCAUAUGAAGCUGGUUUUGCUAAUGCUCAAAUGGCUUAUUUUGUAUCAAAGAAAUGUAAUGAAGAAUUAGCUUGGAAAUUUGUCAAAGAUAACAACACCAAUUUUGAUUUGGUUUCAAUUAACCCGGCAAUGUGUCUUGGACCCGUAAAAUUUGCUGAUGAAGUCAGUUUAGAAGAAGGCAAAUACUUACCUUCAACAACAAACAUUAUUGCCAAUUUACUCAAGUUGAAAAAAGAAGAUAAAGUCGAACCAUUAGCUGCUGGAGCUGCCGAUGUUAGAGAUGUAGCAAAAGCACAUGUUGCUGUAAUUAAUAACCCCAAUGCUAGCGGACAAAGACUCAUUGUUGAAGCUUAUAAAUUUACCAAUGCCAAUGCAAUCAAUAUUUUGAAGGACCGUUUUCCACAAUUGAAAGACAAGUUGCCUGAUGUAGAGCCGAUCCCUGAUUCUAAAUUUGUUGAACCUAAUUUGACCAAGAGUAAAGAAAUUUUGGCAAUUGGGAAGUAUUACAACUUGACUGAUUCGGUUGUUGACUUGGCUAAACAAUUGUUGAAGGAAUAG